ACAAAAAAAGUUCUGUUCCUUCGGGAAGUCGUGCCGCUGAAAGGAGAUGAGGCAUUCUCGGCACUCUUGGAUUCCCUUCGGAAGAGAGGACAUAAUAAUCUGGCCAACUCUCUUAGCAAAGAGAAAGCAGCGCUGACCCCGUCAAUCCCACAAGGCGCAGCUGGGAAGCCAUACAGAGCGACUACUCCUGCUUCUCAGUACAGCGAGGCACAAGAUUUGAAUCUGGAGAGACCUCGAGAAGAAAAGACCCAUGGAGCUCCGGAAGCAAACCAAAGAGGAGGUUUCACAGGUUACAUGCAUCAGUUCCAGCAGCUACUUCGUAGACGCUACGGUUUCAUCAUGGCAUUUCUCGCGGUUCUGGCGGGCAUCGGAAUGUACCGCAUAGGCGAGGACCUGAAAACAUGGGACAAAAUCAGAGCGAAUCGUCGGAAACUUCGGGAUGAAUAUAACGUUGACGGUGAGGAGUUGCUGCGAUGUUUGAGCGACAGGAACGUCUUCACUGCCCCCGAGGAGAAGCAGAUCCGAAGCAAAGAAAAUCCGAAGCUGCUUUAUGACGAGCUCUUCGAAAUCCUCCUGCACAAGAACCCCCAAAAAUACGCUCCUGUUUUCCUCGACGCACUCACUGUUAUUGGAAGGCAAGAUGUCAGGGAUUUCUUGCUUUCCGAAGUGGGUGAGAUGCCGGCAUAG